UCCCUUCCGCUAGUGUUAUGUCAAACUGGGGUUAGCUUGGUGGCUGCAGCCCGGAGGUCACAAUGUCGGCGUCUGUCCCUGAAGAACUGGAACUACUUGAGAAACACGAGGAGAUUUUAGGGCGGAGGGCGGAGCUGCUGGAGCGGAUGGAGAGUCGCAGAGAGCGGCUGAUCAUGGAGAGGAAGCAGCGGCUGAAAGAGUCAGAGGCUGCUGGCCACAGGAACGCCACACUGCUGCAGGACUUACAGAAGAUAGAGGAUCGUCUGAGAGGAAGACAGCUGCCACGGCCAAAUCUCUUGGCUCUGGAGACAAGAUAUUGGGUGUCUGUGGAAGAGUCCAUCCCGGCCUGGGAGCACUUCCUCUUGGCUAAAGGUCCACAUCCUACUGAUGGUCCAGGACAGCCACCCAGGAGAGCUAAACAGAAACCCAGCAUAGCUAAAGACCAGGGUCUGCCUCCUCGCCCAAAAGCCAGGACUGCUCGAUAGAACAGAGACAUGGGCCGCAGCGACGGAGGACUCAGAGGAACGUUCCACCAAAUUGUCACCAAAUGCCAAAAAACAACACCUGCUUCUUCAGUGCCAGGGUGGAGGAAGGAAGACCUCCACACCCCUCACUUUUACCUCCUCUCUUUGCGCCACCAGAGAUGGCACCCCCUCCCUCUCUUUAACCCCUAAUUGUUGGUGAUCAGACCUGCGCCCAGCUGACACGGAGUGGCGGCUUGACAAACGCAAUCAUCCGGACAGACAGGGUUGAAGUGGCCGGUGGUUGGCAGCUGCCCCAGCUCCUCAGCUGGGGCCCCAGCCCUGCAGGCCCUCGGGGCGGUUCAACUUGCCACCGGCCGCCACUGACUGGACCAGUCUGGACUGAUACGGGCUCGUGGUGGGGUGCUGGUUUAGUGAAGGGGCAGGAUGGGGGGCAAGUGCUUGUGAGGUCAAGGCCAGGAUUCAAGGAAGGUCUGGGUGGGGGAGGUAGUAGGGCUCUGUGUUCAAUCAUGGGUGACAGGAUUGGUUGGUGGGAGGGGGAGAGGGGGGAUGAUGAAGAUGUGAUGUAGCAAAUUAUCUAAAGGGGUUUUGAAGAGCACGAUCUGGAGCCCUUCCAAAUGACUAGCCCUGCAUUAUGUAUUCUAAUGGCCGAGGCCCCAGGGUGCUGGAGGCCGAGUCGGGGCUGUUGUCAGUGACCAGACCUCCGUUCCCCCCCUGCCAGCCAGCACCAACAACAAUGACCCUUCAGACAACAGCCCAGCUCUCCUCCAGCCCUCCUCCGUCUCUGGUGGCGUGGCGUGAAUCUGGAGCCAUGCGAUUAUGCAACGCGGUUCGGCUAUUGAGAGUCCACUGAGAGCCCUGACAGAUAAUUGGCCGAGCCCAAAGCCGCGCAAAUGGUUAAGUGUCGACUCCAGUUGAUUGGAUAAUGGGUAAUUGCACGCUGCAUUUCAUUCAGUGAUAUGCUGCGGGUAUAGUAGGGGCAAGUGAAGGGGAGGGAAAGAAUGGAGGAGGGAAAAUAUUUUGGCGUGCUGCUUUUUUUUUCUGCAGCCUGUUAUUUCACACUUCGAGUCUGUUGCAUUUGUUUGGAUCUCGCCUGGAGAGAUCACAGAUUUGUAUCAACUGCUGAUGCCAUUUAAAUUGCAAAUUACAUUUUUUAUUGUUAAAGAUUUCCAUUUUUCCUUUCUCAGUUUCCGAGUUCAGAUUUUACAGAUCAGGGCAGCGACUGAAUGUUGUGCCUAGUGGCGCUGUUUGAGGCUUCCCUCUGACCCUGUGUGAGCUUGUAAGUCCCAAGUCUCUCCUUUGAUCAUGGCAUGUCACCUCUACUUAAGAGCCUGAGCUGCCGGCUCUUUGUCUUUUCCUUCACAGAGGCCUUGACUGUUGUCAUGUUGUCUCACAUUAAAUAGAAGGCUUCACGUUGUACACUAAGAGGAAGCAACACUGGCCUUAAGGUAGCCUGGCCUGGCUCCCCGUUGACUGCACAGGCACGAGUGUAACAUUUCCUCUUUAAAAACCCCUCGCCUCACUCGUGUCUCUAAUCACAGACCUCUCUGCUCUCCUAUAGCUCCUUCCAAUAGAAUUGUUUUAUUUUUUUAAAUUUUUUUUAUUUUGUGCACUUAAACAGAACCAGCUUUCUGGAGCUAAUGUGAAAAUUCUUCCCCGGCUGGAAUAAUACUCAAGCUGCAUUAUUGCUCUUAUAGAGGAGCCCAGUGGGGGGAUUGUGCUGGCUGAAUUCCACUUCAGUCACUGUAUUGAUUGUGCUUCCACAGAUGUCUUUCUGCCGUCGCCUGGUAAAGUCAGAAUGUGCGGUGCUAUUCAUAUCGACUGAUGGAUUAAGUGGGCAGCUGAAAGGACACGUAUGAAUUUUGUGUUUGUGUACUUGUGCCUUUUGUUGAUAUUGAUUCCACCUGGGCAUGGGUUCACACAUGGCACCAGUGUGUUGUGUUUGAUUCUUAAUGAAGUCCUUUAUCACGCUCUAAUCAGUUUAUUAUCACACAGUCCAGUCAAAGCAAACAUUUCAAUUGGUUACUUACUUACAUACUUGCAUACAGAUAAUAACUCUGUGUAUAGCAGCAGACCAAAAACAGACACACUGUAAAAAAAUCUUUAAGUUUUAGGACAGAGAGGGACGUCUAUUCAAACUUGUGCCUGUUUUGUCACACUGGCUUGUUUCCCACAUUAAAUUAAGGACCAUACAGUUUGUGCACAAGCAUAUAUCAGCAAGCAUACAUCUAAUCAUUUGAAUUUUAGGCCUUAAAUAAGAUUUUGACAUUGAUUGUAUUAAUGAAGUUAAGUUACUUGUAUAGUGCUGGUUUUGUCACUCUAUUUUAAAUGGGUUUUUGAGAAAAAUGUGUACUGAUCAUGCUUAACAACUACAAAAUAACAUUAAACCAAUACUGUCAUUCUUUCA